GGCGUCGGCGGCGCAGGGUGCGCUCGGAGGCCGCAGGUCUUCUUGAGCUAAAAGGAUGAAAAUUGGCUAUUGGAAGGUCACCGUCACUCUCUUGAGCUUCAUCCCAACUUCUGCGUCCCAUCUGAUGUCUCUGGGUGCACAAGGCUGUGAACGUGUCCCCCGCCCCAGUCCGUGAUUCAGCCGGCGCUUGGAGCAUGCAUCGCUAGCGGGAUGGUCGGCCGCCGGCGCUGCCAUGUCGUCCCUGACGACCUCCAGUGAGGGAGAGAACCCCACUGCCCGGUUUGUGGUUGGUUCCCGGGACGAUGAGACAGACUGCCUGGGAUCAAACAUGAAGAUGGAUGAGACAGAUUUCUUUGAAGAUGAAGAAGAGGAGGAGUCGCCGCCUGAACGGCAGAUUGUCGUUGGAAUCUGUGCCAUGACCAAAAAGUCCAAAUCAAAGCCCAUGACGCAGAUUCUGGAGCGUCUGUGCAAGUUUGAGUAUAUCACAGUGGUGAUUAUGGGGGAGGACAUUAUUCUGAAUGAACCGGUGGAGAAUUGGCCUCCUUGUGACUGCCUCAUCUCCUUCCACUCCAAAGGAUUCCCUCUGGAUAAAGCAGUUGCCUAUGCCAAGCUGUGCAAGCCAUUCUUGAUUAAUGACCUUGAUAUGCAGUAUUAUAUCCAGGACAGGCGUGAAGUGUAUCGGAUCCUUCAAGAGGAGGGAAUAGACCUGCCCCGCUAUGCUGUGCUCAAUCGAGACCCUGAUAGGCCAGAAGAGUGCAACUUGGUGGAAGGAGAGGACCACGUGGAAGUAAACGGAGCUGUUUUCCCUAAGCCGUUCGUAGAGAAGCCCGUCAGUGCUGAAGACCAUAAUGUGUACAUUUACUACCCAACCUCAGCAGGUGGGGGCAGCCAGCGGCUCUUUCGGAAGAUUGGCAGCCGGAGCAGCGUGUACUCCCCAGAGAGCAGUGUGAGGAAGACAGGCUCAUACAUUUAUGAGGAGUUCAUGCCUACGGAUGGCACUGAUGUAAAGGUGUACACAGUUGGGCCCGACUAUGCCCAUGCAGAGGCUCGCAAAUCCCCCGCACUGGAUGGGAAGGUGGAACGGGACAGCGAAGGGAAGGAAAUCCGUUAUCCUGUCAUGCUGACUGCCAUGGAGAAGCUGGUCGCCCGAAAGGUCUGCGUUGCCUUUAAGCAAACUGUGUGUGGGUUUGACCUCCUGCGGGCAAAUGGCCACUCUUUUGUUUGUGAUGUGAACGGCUUCAGUUUUGUGAAGAACUCUAUGAAGUAUUAUGAUGACUGUGCCAAAAUCCUCGGAAACAUAAUCAUGCGGGAAUUGGCUCCUCAGUUUCAUAUUCCCUGGUCCAUCCCAACAGAAGCAGAAGAUAUUCCCAUUGUCCCCACGACUUCUGGCACCAUGAUGGAGCUUCGCUGUGUUAUUGCAGUCAUCCGGCAUGGAGAUCGUACCCCAAAGCAGAAGAUGAAGAUGGAAGUUAAGCAUCCCCGGUUCUUUGAAUUAUUUGAGAAAUAUGAUGGCUACAAGACAGGGAAGUUGAAAUUGAAGAAGCCAGAGCAGCUACAGGAAGUGCUGGACAUCGCACGGCAGCUUGUGGUGGAACUGGGAACCCACAGUGACUGUGAGAUUGAGGAGCGGAAAUCCAAACUGGAGCAGCUGAAGAGCGUCUUGGAGAUGUACGGACAUUUUUCUGGCAUUAACCGUAAGGUGCAGUUGACAUAUCUGCCUCAUGGACAUCCAAAAGCUGCAAGUGAAGAUGAAGAAGCUCGCAGAGAGCCUUCCCCGUCUCUUCUCCUGGUGCUGAAGUGGGGUGGAGAGCUGACACCGGCAGGAAGAGUCCAGGCAGAAGAGCUGGGGCGAGCCUUUCGCUGCAUGUACCCUGGUGGCCAAGGUGACUAUGCUGGUUUCCCUGGAUGUGGGCUGCUCAGACUGCACAGCACAUACCGCCAUGAUCUCAAGAUCUAUGCCUCAGAUGAGGGACGAGUUCAGAUGACAGCAGCGGCUUUUGCAAAGGGUCUGCUUGCCCUGGAAGGAGAGCUGACCCCCAUCCUGGUGCAGAUGGUGAAAAGUGCCAAUAUGAACGGUCUCCUGGACAGUGACAGUGAUUCUCUAAGCAGCUGUCAACACAGAGUGAAAGCACGACUGCAUGAAAUCAUGCAGAAGGAUGCUGAGUUCUGUGAAGAGGACUAUGAAAAGCUAGCACCUACAGGUAGUGCUUCUCUGCUCAACUCCAUGACCUUCAUCCAGAACCCUGUGGAGAUCUGUAACCAGGUGUUCACCCUGAUUGAGAACCUCACCUCCCAGAUACGAAAACGAUUGGAAGACCCAAAAUCUGCGGACCUGCAGCUCUACCACAGCGAGACUUUAGAACUGAUGCUGCAACGCUGGAGUAAGCUGGAGAGAGAUUUUCGCAUGAAAAAUGGGCGUUAUGACAUCAGCAAGAUCCCUGAUAUCUAUGACUGCAUCAAGUAUGAUGUGCAGCACAACUGUGCACUGAAGCUGGAAGGCACAGCUGAGCUCUUCCGACUCUCCAAAGCCCUGGCAGAUGUGAUCAUACCACAGGAGUAUGGAAUUAAUAAGGAGGAGAAACUGGAGAUUGCUAUUGGCUUUUGUCUUCCUCUAAUUAAAAAAAUCCAGUUGGACCUACAGAGAACCCAUGAAGAUGAGUCUGUCAACAAACUACAUCCCCUGUACUCGAGAGGAGUGCUGUCACCGGGCCGCCACGUUCGGACAAGGCUCUACUUCACCAGUGAGAGCCACGUACACUCUCUGCUCAGCAUCUUCCGCUAUGGGGGCCUCCUGGAUGAGAACAAAGACCAGCAGUGGAAGAGAGCCAUGGACUAUUUGAGUGCUAUCUCAGAGCUGAACUACAUGACCCAGAUUGUUAUCAUGCUCUACGAGGACAACAACAAGGACCCAUCUUCAGAAGAGCGCUUCCACGUGGAGCUGCAUUUCAGCCCUGGUGUGAAGGGUUGUGAGGAGGACAGAAACAUUCCCACGGGAUUUGGCUUUCGGCCUGCCUCAGCAGAGAGUGAGGACAAGAAAGCAGACCAAGGCAGCCUGGAGGACCUCUCCAAAGAGAAGGGCAUGGAUGAGCCCGAUCGUGCCCAGCCAAGGUCUCCACAGCCCUCCGAGCCCGUUGGCAUUCAGCGGAGAUCACCUCUGAUCAGGAACCGGAAGACGGGGUCGAUGGAGGUGCUUUCUGAAUCUUCUUCCAAAGGUUAUCGCCUCUUCAGCACGUACUCCAGGCAAGCUUCUGAGAUGAAGCAAAGUGGCCUAGGGUCACAGUGCACCGGGCUGUUUAGCACCACUGUGCUGGGAGGCUCCUCCAGUGCCCCCAACCUUCAGGACUACGCACGCAGCCAUGGCAAAAAGUUUGCCAGCAGCCUGACAUACAAAGACGAGCUCUUGUCUAUGCCAGCCGUAAAACGAUUUUCUGUGUCGUUUGCAAAGCAUCCGACUAAUGAUGCGUUUGAGCACCACCACGUUGCCCAGUUGCUGCGCCGUUUUUCCUCUGACUAUGCCACGAGCCGGAACAUCUCCCUGGAUGCCACUCUAGCCCAUCACCUCCAGCAGUGCUCCUACCACCUGCGCCUCUUCAGGAGCUGGCUGAUCUCAGGGCAGGAUGACUUGGAGUGUCUUUACGCAACAAAUACUAAAGAGGAUCAAAACUGCUUCAAGGGAUGAGAUACUGGAACAAAGCAGACUGCUCCAGAGCCAAAGCUGAGCUUCCUCUGCUGCAGAUCUCAACCUUCCCACGUGAGCUCCGCACUUCAGGCAAAUAAACCCCAAAUAUUGCAGCGUGAUGCUGGGUUGUGCCACCUGUUCUAAUGCAGCCGAGCUGAUGAGUUCUGUGCAUCAAAAUAGUAGGUUUCCUAUGUCUGCACUCAGUAAGUUUUUUUGUUUGUUUGUUUGUUUGUUUGUUUCCCCUCAGUUUGACUGCCAUUCAGACGACAGUUAAUUGGUGUCUUUGGAAUCAACCAGGAGAAAGAGAAGUUUCUCCUGUCUUUGUAGCUGAAAGUCCAAAUUUCUCCUUCGUAAAACUAUGUACUCCCCUUCCCUCCUCUCCUCUCUUGGCUCUCAGGUAUACUUCUACCUAAACAAAGAAAAGAAGCAAAAGAUAGAAACAAGAAGAUAAAAGUGUGUGCUUGGCAUCCGUAGCUGGAAGGAUCAACAGUUAAGCCUUGAAGUGAUCAUUCUGGGCACCUGUGCUCAUCUAGUUUGGGAAAGGAAGGGUGUGAAGUGAGUUCAUGUUGGUAAUGAAUAGCAGUGAUAAUGAUAAGGGUCAGCUGUGAGGAAACAGAAGGAGCAUGGGAUAGUGAGCAGCUGGGCAGUAAAACAGAAGGUGAUGUUCAGUGUAAAUCCAUGUUGGGUAACAGGAGGAAACUGCCCCAGUUUUAUGUACAGGUGACCAUCACCACUGGGAAAAGGCAGACACCUGCACUCUGGGAAGGGUGGUUUUGGUGGUGGUAUGAGUGGCCUGGAGCCUCUGCUUCAGCACAAGAACUGGGAUGUUUCUAACAGACCAAAUAGGAGGCAGCAACAAGUAGAAGUGAAAUUUAAAAAAAAAAAAAAAAAAAAGUACCAACAACAGAGUGAAAUUCCUCCUAACUCUACAUGGGGGUGUUAAAAGUGUGACUGAGCUUAAGAGGAGACUGGAGAAUGUCAUGAAAAAGCUGCAUCAUGUUCAGAACAGUUCUGAGCUGUAAGGUCACUGCAGGCCUGGGGAAGGAGUCACCACAUGCUGUCUGGUCUUGUAGCCUGUCAUGAACGUACACUUCGGGCACUGUGGGCAGGGAACAGCUGACCAGAACAGACCUUCAGGCUGACUGCGCAGACUUAAAUUUAGAAGGGCUCACUAGCAGAAGUCUUGGUUCAUGUGCAUAUUGUGUACAUGUAUAUGAACACUUAUGGGUAUACCCGUGGCAUACUGGAGCUCUCCCAGCUAAAUAUGGCUCAACUGACCAAGAGUGCUGGAGGGGGACUUGCUGAGCGUGCUUUCUUUCAUACCCUUUAGAAUCUGUGCUGAGACUGGGAUGAGUGUUUCUUUGCUCCCGAGGAGCUGAUAUACAGAGCUUUGGCACACACAACUCUGGGGAUGUAUCAGUGCCAUUGCUCUGCCUCGCUUUCAGGAUUUCCACUAUGCAGGCACGGGCAACACAGAGCUCACAACCAGACAGCUGUGUAGUAACUUGGUAACUGCUGCCGAUGAAAACAUGUAUGCUAAUGCUCAGAACUCUCAGGUAGAAGUACAAUACACAAAAACAAUUGAUUCGGGCCAAAAAGACUUCUCACCUGAGCCUUCCUUGGCUUCUGUCUGUCAGUAGCGUUGUUGAUGUCACACCUUCCUUUGACACUGGAUCUUUGAUUUCUUCUCUUUAAUAGAGGUUUGCCCAUACACUCACAUCUCUGUCAGUGCCUCCAGUGUAUCUUGUAACAACAUUGCUUUGCCCUAUGUUGUAUUUAAACUACUUUCCAUUUUCUUUGGAGCCCUGGAUAGCUGAGUCAACUUUGGUCUCUCUGAAGACAGAUUCUGUUGUGAGCUGACAUGAGCCUCUCUCUAUGCUCCUCCAAUGCCAUCUCCAGUCUGCUGGUCUUUAAAGUCUUUACCUCACUGCUUUCCUUUAGCUUUGUCUCUCAGGGUGCCUGUGAGAAAAUAAUGAAUAAACACUCUUCCUUAUUCAGGAAGGACUUUUCAGCAAGAGAGGGAAGAACAUGGUGUUUUUUUCUGUCUUACAUUCCUUUGUCCUAGCCAAAGAUUUGUUAUCCUUCAUGUCUUGAAUUAAUAUUCACAGGCAGUUUGUGGCAUAGGUAACCCCUCUGGGUGGCUGGAGGGUUAUUCAUCUCCAGUAGCUGUUAUGGUAGUGGAUGCGUGCAGCACUGCAAAUUGGUGAUGUUCUGGUCUGUAGCCUCCUUGUAUGGCAUGUAAUCACUCUAAAUACCAUCUGCAGGCUCAGGUUCCUUGCCUCUUGCAGAACUGGGUUAGAUGAGUGCGUUGGGGCAGAGAUUAUCUGAUGAAAUCUGGAGGUGACUGAAGGACUGGAACAAUGACAUAUAUAGCAGAUAAUCUGGGUGCUCCAGGUUCUCUCCUUCGUAGGUGCAGGGACCAAUUUUAGCCUGUCAGUGUGCUGAGCAGCAGUUCUGAUGUGUGUAUCAAGAGCCAAUGCACUUUUUUGCAUUUCAAAAUAAUUUUUCUUACCUGUAGGAGCAGAUCCAAUUCCUUUCAUUUUUUUCUGAACUCCUCAGAAGGAGCUUAGGGCGCACAGCAUGGGAAGCCUGGGCUUAAGGAGUUUAGAGAUCUUUAAACAUGACAAGCAGAGCAGAAGGAGCCUUACUCCCAUGUGCCCAGCGACUCUUUUGUUUCUUCCUUGCUCCUCUGACAGUUUCAGGUUGGCUUAGUGCCACAGAGCGCUAUCAGGAAGUUUGGAUGAAGAGAAAGAUGCUUUGCUGUAAUUCUCUGCUGACCCGAUAGCAAAUAAUUUAUUGUGAGUGGUUGUGAUGCAGCUUAGCUCUGAGCAAGAGUCUGUUAGAUGUUGAUGCGGCUUCUACCAAUUCAGGUUUUGCUGACAGUAAGGUCUUUUUGGGGACACAUGAUUCAAACCGGGAGGGGCCUAUCAGGUGUUCACUGCAGGAUGUGCUGGGAGGGAGGGCAGUUCUUUUCCCACACUUUGCAAAGGCAGCAAUGCACCAUAACUGAGGGAUGGGUGGAGAGCGGACUGUGUGUCAGGUUGGAGUGUUACUGAUGGUGGGAGUCUUUUCCUGGAAAUUCUGCUGACUUCACUCAAGUUUUGUUUAGCUUCUGUAAACUGCAGAACCACACCAGGUUUCCCCUUCAUAACCAGACAGUUUAGCAAAAGAGACACAAGCAUUGCAGCAAACCUUGCUGCUGCUAGAUGUUUCCUCCUCCUCCUUUUGCAUAUGCCUGGAUGCUUGUUUUCAGGUCUGUAACUGCAUGUGAUUGCCUAAUGGUGAUUUGGUGAUUUUCUUGGCCUAGAAAAAGUGACCUUAGUCCUGAAUGUGGCUGUUGUUUGGUUCCCAGACUGCCUAGCUCCUUAAGCCA